AUGGAGCUGCAGACUCUACAGGAGGCUCUGAAAGUGGAAAUUCAGGUUCACCAGAAAUUGGUUGCCCAAAUGAAGCAAGAUCCACAGAACGCUGAUUUGAAGAAACAGCUUCAUGAACUUCAAGCUAAAAUCACAGCUCUGAGUGAGAAACAGAAAAGAGUGGUGGAGCAGCUUCGAAAGAAUUUGAUAGUCAAGCAGGAACAGCCAGACAGUAAGUUUCAAAUACAGCCCUUGGCACAGUCAGAAAACAAACUACAGACACCACAGCCGCAACCACUACAACAGCUCCAGCAACAUCACCAUCAGCAGCAGCAGCAGUCUACUGCACCCUCUCCAAACGUGAUUGGAUCACAGAAAACUGUAACUACAGCUUCUAUGAUCACCACUAAGACACUACCUCUCGUCUUGAAAGCAGCAACUGCGACCAUGCCUGCCUCUGUUGUGGGUCAGAGACCUACCAUUGCCAUGGUUACUGCCAUCAACAACAAUCAGAAAGCAGUCCUCAGCACUGAUGCGCAGAAUGCACCAGUCAACCUCCAGACAACAAAUAAGGUCACUGGGCCAGGAGCUGAGGCAGUCCAAAUAGUGACAAAAAACACAGUAACUUUGCAGGUUCAGGCUACGCCACAGCCCAUAAAAGUGCCGCAGUUCAUCCCUCCUCCCAGACUUACUCCUCGUCCAAAUUUUCUUCCACAGGUUCGACCUAAACCAGUUGCCCAAAAUAACAUUCCUAUUGCCCCAGCACCUCCUCCAAUGCUUGCAGCUCCUCAGCUUAUUCAGAGGCCUGUGAUGCUGACAACAAAGUUCACACCCACCUCUUUACCCAACUCUCAGAACUCCAUACAUCCAGUCCGUGUAGUUAACGGGCAGACAGCAACCAUAGCCAAAACGUUCCCUAUGGCACAGCUCACCAGCAUCGUGAUAGCAGCGCCGGGUACCAGGCUGGCUGGACCCCAGACUGUACAGAUCAGCAAACCAAACAUUGAAAAACAGACUAUUAAACCACAUGUGGAAGCAGAAGAGAAGCAAACAGAAAGUCGUACAGUUACUCCACCUGCUGUACCCAAGCCAAAACGAGAAGAAAAUCCACAGAAACUUGCCUUCAUGGUGUCUCUGGGACUAGUUACUCAUGACCACCUGGAAGAAAUCCAAAGUAAACGACAAGAGAGGAAAAGAAGAACAACAGCAAAUCCAGUGUACAGUGGAGCUGUUUUUGAGCCUGAGCGCAAGAAGAGUACAGUCACAUACCUGAACAGCACAAUGCAUCCUGGGACACGUAAAAGAGGUCGUCCACCUAAAUACAACACAGUGCUGGGGUUCGGGGCUUUGACCCCCACGUCCCCCCUGUCCGGUUAUCCUGACUCCCCCGAAAAUGAAAAGACAGAGACCACAUUCACUUUCCCCGCAGCCGUGCAGCCCGUGUCCCUGCCUAGCCCUGGCUCCACAGACGGUGACAUCCACGAGGACUUCUGCAGUGUUUGCAGAAAAAGCGGGCAGCUGCUGAUGUGUGACACAUGUUCACGUGUUUAUCACCUGGACUGUCUGGACCCACCUCUGAAAACCAUUCCCAAGGGCAUGUGGAUCUGUCCCAAAUGUCAAGACCAGAUGCUAAAGAAAGAAGAAGCAAUCCCAUGGCCAGGAACUUUAGCAAUUGUUCAUUCAUAUAUUGCAUAUAAAGCAGCAAAAGAAGAGGAAAAACAGAAACUACUUAAAUGGAGUUCAGAUUUAAAACAGGAAAGAGAACAACUAGAGCAGAAGGUCAAACAACUCAGCAAUUCUAUAACGAAAUGCAUGGAAAUGAAGAACACCAACCUUGCAAAACAGAAGGAGAUGCACAGCUCCUUGGAGAAGGUAAAACAGCUGAUCCGCCUCAUCCAAGGCAUCGACCUUUCAAAACCCAUAAACUCUGAGGUCAAUUCAGUAGCCAUCUCCAACGGCAUGGACUCCACUAACAAUACUAAUGCUGCCACCUCCACCUUAGCCCCCUCCCCUUCCCAGAGCUGCAUGGUGAACUGUAACAAGGGCGAUGAGACUAAAUAACA